ACGGGAUGGCGUGGGGGGAGGCCCUCCUGGCGGUGGUGGCGGCGGCGGCGCUGGCCUCCGCCUCCCAGGGCGACAGGGAGCCCGUCUACCGGGACUGCGUGCUCAAGUGCGAGCAGCGGAACUGCUCCGGGCUCGCGCUGCGGCACUUCCGGUCCCGCCAGCCAAUCUACAUGCGCGUGGCAGGCUGGACCUGCCGGGAUGACUGCCUGUACGACUGCAUGUGGCUGACGGUCGGCCUCUACCUCCGGGACGGCUACGGCGUGCCUCAGUUCCACGGCAAGUGGCCCUUCUCCCGGUUCCUGUUCUUCCAGGAGCCUGCCUCGGCCUUGGCCUCCUUCUUCAACGGCCUUGCCAACUUGGUCAUGCUAAGUCGCUACCGCACCGCCGUGCCCGCCGCCUCCCCCAUGUACCCCACCUGCGUAGCCUUCGCCUCGGUCUCUCUUAACGCCUGGUUCUGGUCAACGGUGUUUCACACGCGGGACACCAGUCUGACCGAGAAAAUGGAUUACUUCUGCGCCUCGGCCGUGAUCCUGCACUCCGUCUACCUGUGCUGCGUGAGGACCCUGGGGCUCCGGAGGCCGGCCCUGGCCAGCGCUUUCGGGGGCGUCCUGCUGCUGCUGUUAGCCGGGCACGUGACGUACCUGACCCUCGUCCGCUUCGACUACGGCUACAACAUGGCAGCCAACGUGGGCUUCGGCCUGGUGAAUCUGGUGUGGUGGCUGGGCUGGUGCCUGAGGAACGUCCCGCGCCUGCCCCACGUGUGGAAGUGCGCCGUGGUGAUGGUGCUGCUGCAGGGGCUGGCCCUGUUGGAGCUGCUCGAUUUCCCGCCCAUCUUCUGGGUCCUGGACGCUCACGCGCUGUGGCACAUCAGCACCAUCCCCGUCCACGUGCUCUUCUACAGCUUCCUGGUGGACGACAGCCUGUACCUGCUCAGGGCAACCGAAGAGGGACUGAAGAUGGACUGACGGGGCCUUGGCCGGAGCCCUUCCUCCCCUGCGGCCGCGCCCGGGCCCCGACGCCUGGGUUCCCUUUGGCUUCCU